GCCUUUUGUUUCAUCUUUCGAGAUAGCGUUCAUUAGGAAAUGGGCCUCUCCCGAUAAUCAGUCAGCGCUGAUUCAACUUGCCGGAUGCGGCGACUGUUUCGAGCUCCCUGGAGAGCUGGCCCUGGAACGGUGCGGUCUGUACCCCGUCCAGCUACCUGUGUGGUUGGGGAAACCAGUUCCACACUGACUGAAGAAUAGUUUUGAACCUAUUGUAAGAGCCAGUAAAUCCAGUGGAAAAUGGCCUUCAGCGAUCUUACUUCAAGGACAGUGCGUCUUUAUGAUAACUGGCUCAAGCAUGCUGAUCCAAGAGUUGAAGACUGGCUCCUCAUGUCCUCGCCUCUGCCACAAACCAUCAUCUUGGGACUCUAUGUCUAUUUUGUCACUUCCCUGGGACCAAAGCUCAUGGAAAACCGAAAGCCCUUUGAACUCAAGAAAGCGAUGAUAACGUACAAUUUUUUCAUAGUACUCUUUUCUGUGUAUAUGUGUUAUGAGUUUGUAAUGUCUGGCUGGGGUACAGGUUAUUCAUUUCGAUGUGAAAUUGUUGACUAUUCACAGUCGCCUACAGCAUUGAGGAUGGUACGCACCUGCUGGCUUUAUUACUUCUCCAAAUUUAUCGAGCUACUAGAUACUAUCUUUUUUGUUCUGCGUAAGAAAAAUAGCCAAGUGACUUUUCUGCAUGUCUUCCAUCACACCAUCAUGCCAUGGACCUGGUGGUUUGGAGUCAAAUUUGCUGCAGGUGGUUUGGGAACGUUCCACGCCUUUGUAAACACAGCUGUGCAUGUAGUCAUGUACUCCUACUAUGGACUAUGUGCAUUGGGACCAGCCUACCAGAAGUACUUGUGGUGGAAAAAACAUUUGACAUCAUUGCAGCUUGUCCAGUUUAUUAUUGUCACCAUCCACAUAGGCCAGUUCUUUUUCAUGGAGGAUUGCAAGUACCAGUUUCCAGUCUUUCUGUACAUCAUUAUGAGUUAUGGGUGUGUCUUUCUGCUGCUCUUUCUCCAUUUUUGGUACCGAGCUUACACAAAAGGUCAGAGGCUGCCCAAAACUGUGAAAAAUGGAACCUGCAAAAACAAAGACCACUGAAAUUUGAGCACCACAUGAAUCUAUGAAUGAGACUGAUACCUGAUCUUCCUUGACAAUCAAGAUAUAUUUCCAUGUGCAGUGCAUUUUGUAUAUUUUUCAGAAUCAAGAGCUUGUAUUUUUAUGAUAAGCUAUGGGGGUUUCUGAUAUUUGAGAGCUCAAGCUCCCAGGUAACAGAGUCUUCUGACAGUAAAGCAGCCAGUUUUUCAGCUGCUUUUAAACCUCAUCUAAAGGUUCUGGUUGAUACAUUCUGUUACAAUAAAGGAUUGUGUGAAGUUGUACAGUACUUUUCAAAGAAGUUCCAUAUAAAUGAAAAAUGUCAUUAGAUAUUUUGAGUACGGACAGAGAUCCAUGCUGUACAAUGGAUUCCUUCUGCCAGGUCUGAAAACCUCAAACUGUGGGCUCUGGCUUUGUAGUUUGUUGACGACACUCAGAAGACACUCUGUUUAUUCUAGAGUUAAAUUCCCGUUCUAAAGAACUAACAAAGUGAACAUUAAGUGAAUUUUAGAUAAGUUGGUCAUUUAACAUCACUAACAAUAAUUUUUCAUGGAUCUCUGGAGUGCCCACCACCAGUUUUGCUGACAAGACUUUCUCACAACCUUUGAUUGUAUAAAGUAUUUAGAAGUAACACUUUGAUGAGCACACUGAUGCACUUGACACUAAGGUUAAUGUUUGAAAACAGGUGAUUUGUUCUGAUGGCUUAAUUGACACUUUGCUACGACUGUUUUUCAAUUAUGUUUGUGUAUUUCUAGAAAGAGGUGAGUUUGUCAAUGGAAAAAGUACUAUGUUAUUUCACUGGGAAAAGUACUGUGUUAUUUUAGUCUGUCGUGUUAUAAUGUCACUUUCUAAUAUUGCCAUGGUUUAAAAGGUUAUCUUUUUUUAUGGGGAAUUCUUUUUUUUUAAAAUUAUUUUGUUGUUGUUAAAUUACAGUUGUCUGCAUUUUCUC